UUCUCUCUCUCUCUCUCUCUCUCGACGAGUACUUAAAUGGCUCCUCUUUGAAGAAAUCAAACCAACACCAGAAACCUCCUCAGAAACAUAGCUAAGCAAACCCAGUUCUCAGAUGUUGACCCCUUUCACUUGCGGCAUAUUCCAUCCGGAAGACGACGACGACGACCAGCUGUACGGAACGAGCCCUUGCUCGACGCCGAGGAGAUCGCUGCGGAGGAACAGCCACCACAACAAGGAGAGCAAGAACCCGUACUCGUCCCGCGGCCUCGACAAGUUCGAGGCCCUCCUGUCCGACCUCCAGGAGAAGCGGCAGCAGAUUUACACCCAGAAGGGCUCCGGCGACAUAUCCCUCGUCCGGUUCGCUUACACGAGCACGAACGAUUGCGUGCCUAUCGUGGUCAAGAAGGAUAAGGCUAACAAGUCUCGAGAUCACAGGACCAUGACCAACGAUCCUCGUACUGCCGGGGACCAUGCGGCGCGGAAUUCGGAUGCUCAGGAUAAAAAGUCGCCUAUGGAAACUUCAAGUGAUGUCAAGGAAGUGAGUGGAACGAAGGCGGAUGAUUCGGUUAAGAAGGCAAAGAACAAGAGCUUUGAGUGGGGAUUCAUGAGAAUAAAGAAUUGGAGGCGGCCUUCGUUUUACAUGCCGGUGGCUAUCGUCUUGAUUCUGCUGUUCUUGGCCUUAUUUGGGCGAACGGUCGCGAUCCUGUGCACCUCGAUCGGAUGGUACAUAGUGCCUGCACUCAAAGCCAGGAGCUUGAAUAGUUCGCAAAAGCCGGCGAUGAAGAAGAAGAAGGAACUCGGCCGAAGGUUGAGCGAUAACAAGAUGGUAAUCAACAACAAUAACAGGUCUUCCUCUCCUCCUAAUAAUAGAGGCGGAAAUAAUUCGGGACCGGACAAGUCGCCCGACCGCCAUGGCCACCGGAAAAGCUGGUGAAAAGACGGCCCAGAUUCGCUCAAUUCACAGUCCCCUGCACAUUCUUUCUGUUCUUUCUUAGGUGUACAAAGACCAUUUAGACUUCGCUGAUGCAUCAACCUUUUUUUGCACUCUCAGCUUCAUGUUGAUAUGUAGUUCGGUUUUGAUCCCCCCCUGUCAAACAGUUUGUUCUCCAUUCUAAUCUUUGUAAUCGGUGUAAAUCAUGAGUAUAUAGGUGAUGUAUUAGGACACAGGACACCCCCCAUGUCAUGUAAGAACUGUAAUGGCAUAGUGGUUUGGUUUAGAGUCCUGUGAGAAGCUGCUGAUCAUCCAUGAAUGACGAGAUUUUUACCCUUUUCA